CUGAAACCGGUGCUGCUGUCGGAACGGGAAGAUGAAGAAAGCAAGAAAUACCGCCAACUUCCAUUGACAAGUCCCUGAAGGCCGCCCAAAGUUCCUUUUUUUUUCGUCGAAUCGAUGGUGACGCUUGAUGGUUCAAGAGCGCGUGGCAGCUCUCGGCGGUCCGGGAGGCGGCAGUACGAGCGGCUCCUGCCGCCGCUGGUGCUGGUGCUGGGGCUGCUGCCGUGCGUCGUCGGGGUGCGGACAGAAAGAAAACCACAAUGACUGCCGCAAUGGCAAGGACUGACUGACCUGAUGAUUUGUUCUUUCUGUGCUGUUGUUGUAUGUGUGCAGGAUUAUGGCAACUUGUGUCGGUGCAUCUGUGACGGCCUCAGUGCCAAUCUGACGGUGACACACACAAGACAGACAGACAGACGGACGGACAAAGGGGAACGCACACACUGUCAGGCAGGCAGGCAGUGUGAGUGCGUGUGAUUGCGGGACGUGUGUGGUGUGUGGGUGGGUUGGUGGGUUGGUGUGUUGUUUGUGUUAGGUGGUGAUACCAUCGAUGACGGGUUGCAAGGAGUGCAACAGCGCCAUGUGCAUAUCCCACUUCCCCGAAGACUGUGUCCAGGGCACUACCAUCAACGCACACUGCAUCAGUAAGUCAGUCAGGCAGUCAGUAAGGGAGGGAGGGAAAGAUCUCGAUGACCAGCUUUAGCUUAGCUUACUCAGCCGGCCAUCCAUCCAUCCAUCCAUGUGUGGUGUGUAUGGUGUGUUUGGUUGGUGUGGUGUGUGCUUUGUCGUCUUGUCCGUCCGUCCGCAGAUCGUCAUGCGUGGAUGCCGCGGCUGGUCAUAACCUCCAUGUUCGCCACCAUUGGCCUCCUCAUCAUUCUCGGUCAGUCAGUCAGCCAGUCACCUUUAAAGCCAUUAGUUAGAUCCAUCACCACAACCAACCAACCAACCAGCCAACUCCCUCCCUCCCUCCCUCCCUCCUCAAUCCAUUCAUCCAUCCGUUCGGCUGUCCCUUUAUCUAUCUCAUAUAUCAGGUCUGGCCAAGCACUACAUCCCCUCCCUCGGCCCCGCUCUUAGGAUAGAGCACAACCGUGGUCGGACGGAGAGCCAGGAGUUCACCGUGGGCACCCCUGCCGCAUCCACUGCCGCGACUGCAGCAACGGGGAGGACAGCGGGGCCGCCGCCGGACGUGGGGGUGGGGGGGAGGAAGGUCUCACCCACAUGACAGACAGACAUGAGUGAGUGAGAUCCGCUUGUGGGGUGGUGGGCCGGCUUCCUCUCUCUGGCGAGCUGCAGGAGGGAACAAGGGCGCGAGGGAGAGUUUUCUCGUCUGGUGGUGGCGGUGUGUGGCGGGGUGUCCUGCCUGCCUCAGCCAGCCAGCCGUUCUUACACACUGGUGUCGACAGCGUGGCUGCUUUGCCUUACUGGUUGACACGGUUGUACAGACAGUCUUACUGACUUGUCCAUUCUGCGUGCGUGAGUUCGUGUGUGACAUGGUAUUCAUUACACUGACAUGACGUGACAUAAACACUUUAUCGCUCUAGGGGGCGAGUGUGCGGGUUUCAUUUCUUGUACCCCUCAAGAAGACCUCCAUCGCCAGGAUCGAGGCACCUAAACAAAAACUGAG